AUGGGCUUCGAGGAUGUCAUGGCCCACGUUCAGGUGAGCAGCAUCAGGCCAGCUACGUGGCGAGUGGUAUGCUGGACUUUUUCUUUCUUUCUUUCCUUCUUUCUGCCCGCCCCCCUCCCCCUCCUUCAAUUAGAGCGCUACGUACAACGUCGCGCAAGGUUCCGAUCUGCUAUCCCGCCUCCUCACGCUCGAGCAUGGAAAUCAGAGCAGCGCAUCCUACCCGGGUUCAGCUCGCUCCUCUCUAGCUGGUACUAGCGCAAGCUCGACCGGCACAGGAAUGUCCAAAGCAGUGUCGUUUGCCGCGUCUAGUCAGUCUAGAGGCGUCGCAGGUGGAGUGGACAAGAUGGUGGAGGCGGCCAUCGCUGUGAGGGACGCUAGCAGGAGACAAUCCAUCAUGUCCACCUCUUCAUCCAAUCAAGACUCGUCCACUCGCAUCGUCGCGGACAGCAGCGGUGCCAGCAGCAGCAGCAGCAGCAGCAGCAGCAGCAGCUAUCCGAUCACAGGCACUCGUCUCCAGGGCUCGCUGCAAGUGCCAGGUGGACUGUUGCUGGGAGCCAUCGAGGAUCAAACGACGCCCACCGCUCGUCCAGCAGACUCGCGAUGCGCUGGCAACGGUGCUGCUGGACCUGUGCUGGACCACGGCAGCAUCAAUGAAUUGCAGAGCUACCCGUUCACUUUUCCCGCAUUCUCUCAUCAAAACGAUGGUAUGGAUGUGGAUAGGCGCGCUAGCUUGGACGCUCACGAUGCCCUCAAGCACCAGACAUCUGCCGAGUCCCUGUUGAUCGAUCUGGAGCAGAGGUACCUCUCAGCCAAGGGCCAAGUGAGUGCUGCGUCGAUGAACCUUGGGCAUCGCAAACAUGGCGUUCGGUUUGCUUUGCGCGCUGCAGCUGAUGCAGCAAGCCGCAUCCUCCUUCUCUAACGCGGGCGAAGUUCGAGGCUUUAAAAGAAACGAUGGGGGUGAUUUACGCUUCCUUGACAGAAGCCAUCGCAUCUGCUAGACGCUUUGCCCGUUGUGCUUCUAGCGGUGCAGGAUCUCUGUUGUUGGAUGGCAAGCAGAGCGAGAGGAUGCACAGCAGGUUGAAGGAACACUUGACCGUUCAGAGGAGCUACUUCGACGAAGCUGCGGAGCUCGUGCAGUGCUGCUGCAAAGGUGAGCCAGCCAGCCAGCCCCGCAUUGCACCCUUUUGCCCACGUCUCUUUUCAUUCCGCCGUGCGGCUAGCGCUAACUAGCAUCGCUCCGCCUCGCCUCUGGCCCCAAAUUGAAGCUGGCAUACGGACCAAAGCCAUCCGUGCGGAUCUGGCAAAGCUCAGAGGAGCUUAUUCGGAGCUUUUUGAGGUUCUCGAAUCUUACGACGAGACGGACGAGCGGAUAGAAGGCUUGGCGAGCGAGAUGGAGCAAGCUUGUGAUGAGCUGCUGGCUCGCUUGCUCGCAGCGGAUCAGGGCGGUGGUACGACGGAGGAGGAGGAAAGAAAGGAGGAGGAGGAGGAGGAAAGGGAGAAGGAGAGAGCUGUGGAAGGAAAGCAGCUGGGUCUCGUAUCGUAUCCCGACACCUAA